AUUUUCUGCUUCAACUGUGGUAGUAUAAGAAGCCCUGAACUACUAAACACCUGUUUUUAGAACUACUUUGUAUGUGUGAAUAAAGGGACAUGGCACAACAUAACAAGAAUAUUAACCAAAAUGAAGAGUUGCUUGCAGCUUUCACUUGCCAAGUUCAUGGCAAAGGUAAUGUGGAGCAGAAAACCUACAGUGAUGCUGACAUGGUCAAACAUCUCUUAGCUGAGAAAGAGCGGGACCUGGAACUGGCAGCAAGAAUUGGACAAGCCCUCCUGAAGCGAAACCAUCUGCUGACAGAACAGAAUGAAGCAUUAGAAGAACAGUUAGGACAAACUCUAGAUCGAGUUAACCAGCUGCAGCAUGAGCUGUCCAAGAAGGAUGACCUGCUGCGUGUGGUGUCGAUCGCGUCCGAGGAGAGUGAGACAGAUUCCAGCUGCUCCACUCCUCUUCGCUUCAACGAGUCCUUCAGUGUGCCCCACGAUCUGCUGCUGCUGGAUGUCUUGCAGGAUAAACUCAGGGAGCUGGAAGAGGAGAACCUUGCUCUCCGAUCCAAGGCUUGCCAUCUGAAGACUGAAACCAUUACAUAUGAAGAGAAGGAACAGCAGCUGGUCAAUGACUGUGUCAAAGAGCUCC